AUGGGGUACAAAUACCACACAGUCAAGGCACAAGCCAUCACCGAACAUUUCAGAGGCAUCAUGGGUAACCCGGGGAACACUAGCUGGCACUUCGACUGUCAUCUCCUGUACCAAGGCCUUCCCAAAGCAAACGAAGACAUCACUCUGCCUUUCACUGAGAAUGAAGCAUUGCAAGCGAUCAAGGCAAUGAACAGAUCAAGUGCGCCUGGGCCUGAUGGCUUCGGCCCUGGGUUUUAUAAUGCUACAUGGCCGACAGUUAAAGUAAGUGUCAUGCAAUUCUUGAAUGCUUUCCAUGAGGGAAAUGUACAGCUGGAGAGAAUCAACAGGUCUUACAUAGUGCUUAUCCCAAAGAAGACUGAUGCCACCACAGUUGAUGCCUACAGACCAAUAUGUCUUCAGAACUGCAGUGUUAAAAUUCUGUCCAAACUACUGACAACAAGGCUACAGCUACAGAUUCAUAAUCUGGUUGACCUUGAUCAGACAGGAUUCAUAAGGGGGAGAUCUAUCACUGAGAAUUUUGUAUAUGCAAUGGAAUUGGUUCAGUGCUCUCACAAAAGAAGAGUUCCCACAUUGGUGAUCAAACUAGACUUUGCAAAGGCCUUUGACACAGUUAACUGGGAUGCUCUGGACACUAUCCUUCAGGCAAGGGGGUUCAACGAUGUCUGGCGAAGAUGGAUGCAACAGAUCCUUCAGUCAUCACACACGGCAAUCUUGGUUAAUGGCUGCCCCGGGCCAUGGAUGGACUGCCGGAGAGGAUUAAGGCAGGGUGAUCCUAUAUCGCCGUACCUAUUCAUACUGGUGGCUGAUGUACUCCAAGUGCUGAUAAGGAAAUCCGGGACAAUAAGACACCCCAUGGUCGACAACACAAGCUGUCUCGUGCUACAAUAUGCGGAUGACACAUUGAUACUAGUCAGAGGGGAGCUCACCGACGUCCAAAGCCUAAGAGUAAUCCUUGACCAUUCUGCAAAUGCAAUAGGGCUGCAGAUAAAUUAUGCAAAGAGUACAGCUGUUCCUAUGUUCAUGGAUGAAAGCACUAUUGAGGGCUGCAUUUCUGCUCUGGGGUCUCGCCGAGAGGGGUUUCCCCAAACAUACCUUGGGCUGCCAUUAUCGAAUACAAAGCUGCGCCUUUCUGCCUUUGCGCCGAACAUUGCUAAGUGUGAUAAAGACGGAAGUUGCUACCGCCUGGUGUUCAUUAAUCGCUAG